AUGUCAAAGCCAUUGACGAUUUACGAGCCAUUCGAGGGGAACACGAAAGAAGAGUUUGACGCGCACCUGCCUAAUGAGGAAGACUUUUUGUUAUGCCACAACUGUGGAUGGAGCGUAUAUCAUCAGGUGCAUUACGCGUACGUUAGUAGCAUCAAGUGCAUGUGCAAUGGUGGUAGCAGGGGCGUUUGGUAUAUUGGCGAUGACUAUGUCUUGAAAGAAAGAAACAUUAUGGAGGCGGGGCGAGCUAGCUAUUUGGGCCCUGAUGUUUCGAUCUCCAAAUUUUUGACCGAAAACUCUACUGUACCUGUAGCAAAAUAUAUACACCAUUGGAAGGACAGUCAAAGUCAUUUCUCGCUGGCCGAGAGGGUCCCGGGCGACACGCUAAUGAAUGCUGGGAAUAGCAUGACCAAGGCUGAGAAAAGAGUCAUUGCCAAAGAAGUCGUCAAGUAUCUUAUAGAGGUGCGCAAGUUUACAUCACCAAAAAUAGAAGCUCCAGACGGUUCGAUGGUAAGAGAUAGGUUGAUAGGUUCUGAUCAGAGGAUACAGUACGUGACGGAUGAUGUUGAGGAAUGGUGGACUCGUGCCAAGCUUCGGUUGUCAAAGGAACAAAUUGCACGGUGGGAAGAUGUCAUCAGGGAUGAAUAUCCUGUCAAAGGACCAUAUGUGCUCACACAUGGAGAUUUGGAUGCGAGUAACAUCAUGGUAAAAGAUGGACAUGUCACCGGUAUCAUCGAUUGGGAACAUGGGGGGUAUUUGCCAGAAUGGUGGGAGCCAGUAGCGACUCGUCUGCAAUUACCGCCCUUAUGGUCCCAUUAUUUUGAAGAGGAAUGGAAAUUGCAAAUUGGGCCAUGGCCAGAUAAAGAAGUCCAAUUUGCCAGGACUUUCAAGAAUUUCUUCAAGGAAUACUAUCCCAGAGAAGUCGAACCGCCGAAGUUUUACGAUACAAACGCUUAUAUGAAAUGUACCAAUUAUCGUCGCUACGUGAAAGAGUAUGAUGACGGAUUCAAAUCAACCGUUUAUUAUCGUGAGCUACGGAAGAAAGAAUCUGCUGAGAAAGAGGCUGCGGCUUUAGCGGCUUUGAAAAAGUUAAGCUUGGAGGAAAAGGAAAAGGAAAAGGAAAUGGUUAAAGAUUGA